AUUUUACAAGAAUGAGCGAGGAUCGAAAAAUUGCUGAAUAUGAGGGAAUUAAAUAUUAUUCAGAGGAAGGUCAGUGGUAUCGUUUACUUCCAAUUGGAGGAGGUCAAGUGCCUGUUGACAUCAAAAAAGCUAAAAGGCGUAUAGAAAUAAGCCUUCCUCAAGAGAAUCUGCUGGAUGUAUUCAAAUUUCUCGACUUUGAUCAAUUAUUGACUUUCCAACAAACAAGUUUUUAUUUCAAAAAUAUUGUUGAUAAAUAUGGAAAGGAAUUAGCUAGGAAGAAAUUUGCAAGGCUUGAAUUUCUUUCCAAAUGUGAAAAUGGUGAAUUUGUUAAAAUAGAAGAGCCUCAUCUUUAUGAUUUUGAAUUAAGUAAACAGCUUAAGAAAAAGGAAAUAUUUUUAUUUCUGGGGGCGCUGACAAACACGCACUCGUAUGGGAUAUCCGCUCAGGACAGUGUGUUCAAAGCUUUGAUGGGCACGAAGAAGAUAUUAAUACUAUUCGAUUCCAUCCAAAUGGAGAUGCUUUUGCUACUGGAUCUGAUGAUGCAUCGUGCCGUCUCUACGACAUUCGUGCUGAUCGUCAAGUUGCUGUUUACCAAAAAGAAUCAAUUUUCUUCCCGUCGUCUACUAUUUGCUGGCUAUGGUGAUUAUCGAAUUUCUGUUUGGGAUACACUCAAAUGUGUUCGAGCCCACGUUUUGUAUGGACAUGAAAAUCGUAUUUCUUGUUUGAGAACAUCUCCGGAUGGAACAGCUAUAUGCACUGCUUCUUGGGAUUCUUUUCUUAAGAUCUGGGCUUAAUUGCUUGUAAGAAGGAUGAUUUUUUAUACUUAAUUCCUGUUUAUGCUGGACAAAAAUCUCAUUUUUAAAACGAAUUUUUUUGAUCAUAGGUUUAUAUUUUUUAUGUUUUAUACUAUAUAAGGAAAAAGAUUAGAACGUUUAUGUCCCAUCUAAUGGUUUUAGGUUUUGCUUGGGUCGAGUUCAAAUCCAUGAUUAGUCUUGUUGGAGAGACUGUGCCAUUGGGGUUACAAUUUUUCGAUAUAGUU